ACUAUUGGUACGACUCCUACCCCAACUGAUAACCAAGAUGAGAAACUCCAACGCAUUGAAAGCGAAAAAGAGAAUCUCGUCCUACAAGUCUCCGUCCUCACAGAUCAAUGCGAAGCUGCUACAGAGAAAAUUUCGGAGCUUGAGAAACUUGCAGCUGAACGCCAGGAGAGACUUGCCAAGCAGGAAGUGGCCAUUGAACAGGAGGUCCUGGCCAAGACCAGUCUUGAGACACACAAACUUGACCUAAUGGCUGAGAAUUCUAACCUGAAGAUCAAACUUGCGGCGAGUGAGAGAGACAAAUCUGAUUUCCAAAAGGACUUUGAUGUCGCUCAGAGGCAGAUUAAUGAACUUCAAGGACGUAUAAAUGAAAGAGAGGCUGAGCUAAUGGACCUGAGGUUGCGUGUCGGCCGCAAUGGCACAAUCGCCAACAAACCAGCAGAAGAUGCUGAGGUUGACAAACUCAAACAAGCAGUUGAAUCACUGAUGACUGCAAACAAUGAAAAGGACCACCUGAUAGAAGAGUUGAGGAAGAAUCUCCGUAAAUACAGAAGAGUUGAAGAGCUUAUACAUGGCAAGAAAGACUCAUUCCCAGAUGAAGACACUAGUGACGGCCCAAGUCCCAAAACUUCUGUAUCAUCCAUGGAGGGAAUAAAAGCCUCCUCACAAAAGCAGCCCGAAGAGGUCCAUAGUCUGCCCAGACAUAUGCAGCUACCAAGUGCCACUAGUACCCCAGUAAACUCAUUCUCAGAGAGUCCUACUAGGACUUUGACAAAUGGCACAUCCUUCAAUGGUAAUGGGACAUACACAGGAAAUGGCAUGAUGACACCCCCUUCAACCAUCCAUGUCACCCCCUCUCAACAAAGAUCGCCAAAUGUGAUCCGCUCAAACAGCUGUGAAAAUGUGACUCCCGUGCCAAAUAAUGAGGGUAGUCCCCCAGGAGUGCGUAGAGGGGGACCCUACAGUACUCUACCCAGAGAUGUCCAGCUAGCCGUCCACGUCAACUCAAACACCAAUGGAAAGAACACCAACACAAAGCGAGGCUUUGGUAAAGGUUUCUUUAAGUCGCGAGGGCACACAUCUGCAAGCCCUGCAGCUACUAAGUGGAGUUGCUCAGCUCCCAACUUAGCUGAAACAGAAGUUGCUGAUUUUGAUGAUGGACAGUCUGACCCUGGUACAGCCCAACUACAAGUUCACCCCAAACCACAACAGACACAAGAGAUAAAGAAGAAGAAAGGACUGAAAAAAUUCUUCACAAAAAUAAGGCGGAGCAGCUCUCAGGAUCUUGAACAAGAAAUGGAGCAAAAUAGCGAAUUCAAACGUGGAGGUGUUAGGGCAACAGCGGGACCAAGACUUGGCUGGUCCAAAGACACAAAUAGAGGUGAUAUAGAUAUUCCCUUCGCCCGCUGGGACAAUGAUAAAGUUGCAUUAUGGGUACACCAAAUAGGACUCAGUAUGUACGUUGGUGAAGUUAAACGAUGGUGCCGAAAUGGAGAACAGUUAUUACGUGCAACUCCUCACGAUUUAGAAAAACAUUUAGACAUAAAAAAUUAUUUACAUCGGAAAAAGUUGCAGUUAGCAUUGCAAUCAAUAGGAUCUGAAUCGAACAAAGACAGUAUGAUUGGUACACUGGACCACCACUGGGUAACAAAAUGGUUAGAUGAUAUUGGCCUACCACAAUACAAGGACUAUUUUACAGAAAACAGGGUGGAUGGACGAAUGUUACACUACAUGACAGUAGAAGACCUUCUUGCCCUCCGUGUGACUAAUGCCCUUCACCACGUCAGCAUCAAAAGGGCAAUACAAGUGUUAAGGCUCAAUAAUUUCAACCCAGCUUGUUUAAAGCGACGCCCCAGUCCAGAUGAGAGCAACCUAGAAAAUAAGCCAUAUGAGGUUAUGUUGUGGACCAAUCACCGUGUGAUGGAGUGGCUAAGGAGCAUAGAUCUCUCAGAGUAUGCACCUAACAUGAGGGGAAGUGGAGUUCACGGGGCACUCAUGGUACUUGAGCCACGAUUCAGCAGUGAAAUCUUGGGAUCAAUUUUGUCAAUCCCAAAUUCAAAAACUUUACUGAGGCGCCAUCUGCAUACUCAUUUUGUGUCACUGAUAAGUAACGAUGUCCAGCAGAAGAAACGAGAGUGUGAGACUCAGCCAGGAUUCCUCCCAUUGGCUCCCAACUCAAAGGUCAAGGCUCCAAAGAAGCGUGGAAUAUUUAGCCACAAACGCAGCAAAUCACAAAGUGAGACUGACUUCGACGAUUAUCUCUGCCCAAUGAUUCAUGGGACUCUGAAUCGUGGGGGGCCAAUGACACAGCCCCCACAAUACCAGAUGGAAAUAAGAGGGACAGAUAUGGUGAUGACCCUACAUCAGAAACAGAAGGAUGAAAAAGUUGCGAAAGAAGUUGGUGCAUUUUCCCAUGAAAUGAACACAUUGACCAAUAUGCUGGCGAAGGAUCAAUUUUUCGAUGAUGUUCCCACUUCUAAUGUAUAGUUACGACCAGGCAUGACAUCUAUUGAAGGACUACAAUAUUAAAAAGACUUCCACAAAGUACUGUAGCUAUAAUGAAGCAUGGGAGAAGCAUCUGCUUCAUUGGAAAUGGAGUGUCUUCAUAGGGAACAAGUUUCAGCUUCACGGGUGACUUUGAUACUUCAUAUAAGCCUCGUAAAUUAGCAGUAUAUGAGGUAUGGACACCUCAGGUGUAGACAUACCAGUAAACAUUGCGAGUUUGGUUUCUACCAAGGCAAACAGUCAUAUUAGGAUAUUGAGGGUCUCAUCAAUUUUUAUGGAUGGACAGACCAAUGUUGUGUAUGAUAGACACACCAGAACAUCGAUGGACACAUCAGCAUGUGUCAUUCAACAUUGGUGUGUCUUCUUGAAUCACUGAGCAUCUUAUACAUUAGAGUUAGCGUAACCAGGCAGGUGUUGCAUUAGCGAUGGUACUUAAGACAAUGUCCAGU